AUCCACAAAGGAUCACCAUGUGUCGGUCAUUGGCUUGAUGUGGACCAGGAAAGGAUCUUCACCUUCUAUGCUGCACUGUCCUUCAGAGACCCAAGUAGAUCUGUCAAGCUAAUCAUUUUCUAUGGAUUAUGGACCUGGCGAAGUGAAACCCCAGAUUUGGGUUUUUGCCUAGUACUACCCGAUCGCAGUUUCCAGAGCAAAUGGCUUGUAUUGGAAACCAGUCAUGAAAUUUGGGACUGUAAGGUACCUGCGCCUAGCCUCUGGACUGAGGACGUAGCAAAUCUUGCUGGAGUAGCUGGUGAACCAAAGGCUCCAAUCAUUUGAUGCAGUCGGAUAACCUGUUCAACAAGAAACUCCAAGCGUUAAAGGGGCCCAUGGGACCUCCAAAUGCCAACGUGCAAGGAACGCCAGCCAUGCCCAAGAUGGGUGUCCGGGCGAGGGUGUCGGACUGGCCCCAGCGAAAGGACGGCUGGGAGUCACAACCUCCACCACGCUAUGACAGCCUGGUGCCGAACUUCCAGAAGGGACCGUCAAAUCUUAGCACAGAGGUCAUCCUCCAAAAGAACCAGGAGUUACUCAGUGCCGAGUUCCCAGAGACCAAGUAUCCGCUGUGUGACCUCCUGAGCCACUCCCCCACGAAGGGCUUCCCUGGGAUCAAGAGGAGCAACAGCGAGGUCACCAUUAGUGACAUCGGCGCCGAAGACUUGGAUCACACCACCAUCAACCCCAACACUGGGGCCACCUUGCGCCGUGAGUAUGGCAGCACGUCCUCUCUCGACAAGCAGAGUCUGUCCGGCGCCAGCGAAGGCUUUGUGGGAACCCUGAGGGGCUACCACAUGGAGGACCGCUCGGACCAACCCCGCGUGCCUCCUCCACAGAGUUUCCCGGAGCUGCUGCGUCUCAACACCACCCUGUCACCCAGCCUACAGACGGCCGCCCAGAUCGCGCGAGGUGACAUUGUCUGCAUCCCGGGCUACGACUACGUGGACAGCUCCCUGCUCUACAGCCGUGAGCGGGAGAAGUCCUUCAUCCAACGCAUGAAGGCGGAGAAGGCCGACACCUCCAUCUUCCGGCGGCUGCGGAAUGUGAAGAGCGAGGGCGAGUACCUGGACCAGGAGUACGGAGGGCGCUUCGGAAGGCCCCUGAGCUUCCAGAAGUGCUUUGCCCACUACGAUGUGCAGAGCGUCCUCUUCAACAUCAGCGAGGCGGUGGCCAACCGCGCUGACCUGGGUCGCAGGAAGAACACUACCACUGGGGCAUCGGCUGCCUCUCAGUGCCAGGCGCCGGCUUCUGGGCUGGGAGAAAGCGCCACACCCAUCUGUGAGUCACCCGUAGGCAGCUGCGAGGACCUGGGCCACAAGGCCAGCAUGGACGCAGAUGAAGGGGAUGGUAAGAGCAAUACCCUGGUGCUCAGCUGUCCGUACUUCCGUAACGAGACUGGUGGCGAGGGUGAGAGGAAGGUGGCCCUGAGCAAAGCCAGCAGCGCCAGCUAUGGGAGCGGAGACUAUGCUGCUAACUAUGGGGGUGGAGGACAAGGCUACUCUGUGGAAUCAUCGCUCAGCACCCGGUGCACCAACGCAGGGGUGUCGGUGCUCGAGGUGCCAAGGGAGAGCCAGGCUUUCCACAGGGACAUGUACAAGCGCUACAUAAUCGAACACAUUGACCAAGGGGCUUACUACUACCACAAGUACUUUUACAAUAAAGAUCACCAGAACUACUUUGGCACGGAUGAGAACUUGGGCCCCGUGGCGGUCAGUAUCCGCCGGGAAAAGCUGGAUGAGGGAAAGGAGGGAGCACAGUACAACUACCGGGUAACCUUCCGGACUAGCGAGCUCACCACUCUCCGAGGGGCCAUCCUGGAAGACGCCGUGCCCUCCACCGCUAAGCAUGGUAUGGCCAGGGGCCUACCGCUGAAGGAGGUGCUGGAGUAUGUGGUCCCAGAGCUGAACAUCCAGUGUCUCAGGCUGGCCACCAGCUCGCCCAAGGUCCCUGAGCAGCUCCUCAAGCUGGACCAACAGGGGUUGAGCUUCCAGCACAAGGUGGGCAUCAUGUACUGCCAGGCGGGCCAGAGCACCGAAGAGGAGAUGUACAACAAUGAGAGUGCCAGCCCUUCCCUGGAGGAGUUCUUGGAUCUGCUGGGCCAGAGGGUCAGGCUGAAGGGCUUCACCAAGUACCGGGCCCAGCUGGACAACAAAACGGAUUCCACUGGAACACAUUCUCUCUACACUACUUACAAAGACUAUGAGCUGAUGUUCCACGUGUCCACACUGCUCCCCUACACCCCCAACAACAGACAACAGCUACUGAGGAAGAGGCACAUUGGAAAUGACAUCGUCACCGUCAUCUUCCAGGAACCUGGUGCUCUUCCCUUCACUCCCAAAAACAUUCGCUCACACUUCCAGCACGUGUUCAUCAUUGUCAGAGUUCACAACCCUUGCACAGAAAAUGUUUGCUACAGUGUGGCGGUCACCAGAUCUAAAGACGUGCCCGCCUUUGGUCCUCCCAUCCCCCAGGGGGUGCUCUUCCCAAAGUCGGCCAUGUUCCGGGACUUCCUUCUGGCCAAGAUGAUGAACGGUGAGAAUGCGGUGCAUAAGUCGGACAAGUUCCGCGCCAUGGCCAUGCGCACGCGCCAAGAGUACCUGAAAGAUUUGUCCGAGAACUUUGUAAGCGCCAACCCCGUGGACUCUUCAGCGGCCAAGUUUAGCUUCAUCUCGUUGGGUGUCAAGAAGAAGGAGCGCAGCCGACCCCGGCGGAACGCCCACCUCCAGAGCUACGGGGCAGUCACUUGGGCCGUGGUGGCCCGGGACUUUGGCCAGUCGGCGGACAUUGGCUGCCUGCUGGCCGUCUCCAAUGAGUUUGUGGUGCUGAUUGAAGAGGCGUCCAAGGAGGUGGUGUUCAACUGCUACUGCCGCGACGUCCUUGGUUGGAGCGCAACAUCUGGGAGCGUCCGGCUCUUCUACGAGCGAGGCGAGUGUGUGGUGUUCUCCACGCAGGAAGGAUGCUUGGACGACGUCCGGGAGAUCAUGCAGAGGUUGGAGAUUGUCACCCGGGGCUGCGAGACAGUGGAGAUGACCCUUCGGCGAAACGGUCUGGGCCAGCUGGGAUUCCACGUCAACUUUGAGGGCGUGGUGGCGGACGUGGAGCCUUUCGGCUUCGCCUGGCAGGUGGGUCUCCGUCCGGGCAGCCGGCUGAUGGAGAUCUGCAAGGUGGCUGUGGCCACACUAUCCCACGAGCAGAUGAUCGACUUGCUGCGCACGUCCAACACAGUCAGUGUGGUCAUCGUCCAGCCCCACGAAGACGGCACGCCCAGGAGGAGCUGCUCGGAGAUGUACCGCAUCCCCGUAGUGGAGUACAAGACUACCACGGCUGCCGGCUGGCACCGCGUCUCGGCAGCCCCGGGUGGUGGCCCAUCCAUGUCCCGGACCUCCCCCACACAGGGCCCCAGCCCCGGGCAGCAGAUGUUCCAUUACGCCCAGGGGGCCAUCUCCCGCAGCACCUCCUUCGACAGGAAGCAACAGGACGGGACCAGGGUACUGCAGGAAUAUGAGAUCUCCCCUACGGCCUCCUGUAGCAGUCGGGAACCAGGACAACUGUACUGCAGCUCCCCCAGCAACCAGUCCACGUCCAGUGACCCCGGACCCUGUGGCACCUGGUCCCAGAAGGCGGGAUGCAUUAACGUAUGCCAGUCCCCUGCACUGCUCCUGGACCAGCCGAGCGACAAGGAGGGAGAGGGCCGGAGAGAGAGGGAGCCCAAGCUGGAGAGGACCAGAUCUGCAGAGGCCAAGUGGCACCAUCCCUCCACAAAGAUUCUGAACAUGAGGGAGAGAAGCCAGCCGAGACCAGGAGCAAAGGACUCCCCCAAUAAAUACCAACAUUCUGGCUCCAGCCACUCCAGCAGCAACACGCUCUCCAGCAAUGCCUCCAGCGGCAGCAGCGACGACAAGCGCUUUGGCUCUGGUGACCCCAUGGACCCCGAUGCCCUGGGCCUCAUCUACAUCAAGGGUGCGUCUACCGACAGUGGCAUCGACACGGCACCUUGCAUGCCCCCGCCACCUCCCCCUCUACCCGGCUGCGGCGGAGGUAGUGUACCGGGGGUCUCGGCUGGCCGGCCAGUCCCCCAGAAUGCCCGAGGGGAACAGUGGGUGCUGGAGUACCACGGGGCGGGGGGUUACCAUGGAGCGGGGACGCCGGAAGGAGGAUUGACGUCACAAGGCUACAGCACCCAGGCCACUUCGGCUGGGCACGUAACGGACGGGAGCCUGGGCGACCUGAGUGAGAUUUCCUCCAUGUCCAGUGGCUCGCGGCACUCAGGCAGCCCCUCGGAACGUGGUCCUAAGACCUCCACCUCGGUCGACUCCUCCAAAGUCUACAUAGUCUCCUCCGGCAGCACGGUGACAGGGGCGGGGCUUAAUGAUCCCAUACACGCCCGCCAAUCACCAGGCAAAGAGUAUCUGAUUGGCUGGAAGAAAGCCGUGGAUGGCUCUCCAAUGGAGGAUCUGGGCAGGCCAAAAGACUACGGGCUGCGGGCCAUGCUGGGUGCAGACAGCCAGGUCCAGCCCAGCCUGACCAGAGAGGCCUUCCUGAAGAUGAUGCUGCCCGACAGUCCCCCUGGGGAGGGGGGGCGUGGCAAGAGUCUGACUGGUCCUGGCGGCCUGCCCAUGUCCCCACGGAGGUCCCUGUACCGGACCCUGUCGGACGAGAGCCUGUGCAGCAGCUACAGGAAAAACCUGUCCCUGGUCAGCUCUCGGAGCUCUCUCCUGGACCAGGCCCUGCCCAACGAUAUCCUGUUCAGCACCCCCACUGAGCCCCACCACAGCACCCUGCCACCUCGCGUGAACCUCGGCCACAGCCAUGGGGCGCCGCUACACAAGAAUGAGCUGUGGUUCUCUGACAGCUCCCUGGCCGACCGCUGCAAAAUGGCUGAUGGCAGUCUGAUGCCUCUCCCGGAAGCAGUGUCUGGCCUGGACUGGUCCCAUCUUGUUGAUGCCGCAAGAGCUUUUGAAGAAUUGUCCUAUGCUCUCUAUCUGGAAGGUCUGGAGCUCGACAAGGAUACCAGUCGUCUGUGUGAUAAAGACUGUCCAAAAGACUCACUAGCAGCGGACCAGGGUUCACUCUGCUCCAUGUUGGACGUGGAGCAGGCCCAGCAGGCCAUGGAGCUGUCCCGUGAGCUGAGUCGGAGGGUGGCUGCGUCGGAGGCUGCCGCUCUGGAGGCAGGGGAUGGUUCUCCUGCUCUGCUCACUGGCAAAGUCAUCCAACUGGAAGAGAUCCUCAGACAGCUUCAGUUCGACCUGCGAAAGGAGCAAGAGGACAAGGCCAUGUUGCAGGAGCAGGUCCAGCACUUGCGUCAGGACAACAUGCGUCUGCACGAGGAGAGCCAAACGGCAGCCGGCCAGCUCAGGAGGUUCAGCGAAUGGUUCCUAAACUCGGUUGACAACAAGAAGCCCUGAGCAACAAAAAAAAAAACACUGACACACUGCAACAUGGCCGUUAACUCCACAUUACCUGAGCCAGUGGCAUGUCAAGAGGGACGAUGUCUACAGUGAUUCAAAGUGAAUAGCCAUCGCAUGAGUGCGAGAAGUUGCGAGUUAGCGUGCUAAUGCUAGUAGCAUUGUUUUGUAAUCAAAACAACAACAUGAAUUAGUGUAAAUAUACCAAGGGGAUGGGGGAGGGUAAAGAGAUACAUUUAUAGAAGGUUAAAAUAAAGGGGAGGAAGGGAAGAAUGCUUCAGAUCUCAUGUUUUUUGGAUAUUUGGUUAUAGGAAGGAACAUGUGAAUUUAAAAAAACAAAUGAAUGUAACUUAUGUGAAAUCUAUAUUCUUUUGUCGAAUAAGGCAAGUGUAAACUUUUCGGUUCCCUCAGUAAACAACAAUGAAAAGAAGUUCACCCAAAUAAAUUUACUCAACUUUACCUUGACUUUUAAUGCAUUAUAUAAUAACCAGGAAAUAACUAAGGUGUUACAAGGUUCUUGUAUAAGUUUUGUAAAUACUCCACUUUUGAACAAAAAAAUGAAAUUGUCCUAGCAAUAAAUAUGGUGAUAGUCACAAAACUGUUAUUAAUGGUUAGCACUGAUUGUGGUGUUGUCGAAAUAGCGGUUGUAUUGGAUUACUUGGAAGUGUUUAUUUUGCAGGAACAAAAACGUGCCUGACUUUAACCAGUGGUGUAUGGAUACUGUAGUCUUUUCUGUUGUAGUCCCUCAUCCUUUUCCACCCCCACACCUUGUCCACCGCUCUCACUAAUGAUGUCUACCAUGAUUUUAUGACCUUUUUCUUUUUGCCACAGAGAAAAGUAUUCUUAUGCAGUCGAUCCUGAACACUUGCAGGUACAUAAGGUACCACCAAGUGUACGAAUUAUGUAUUUUCAAUGCCAAAGUGUGUUUGAUGUUCUUUGUACAGUACUUUAGAGAAAGUGUCUUGUAUUUAACACUCUUAUUUAAAUUUACCCUCCAAAUUGUUUAUUUUAAUAUUGAGUAUUUUGAUCCUUUCUGCACUAAAACAAUUAAUGGCUCCUUAUUGGCAAUGUCUGUAUAGUUGGCAAGAGAUGAGAUAUAAAUACUAUAUACUUAUAAAGGGUUAUUUCUGGGAAGCCCAACGUUUGGAUGCUGCUAGAAUACAGCCUGUUGUUUUGUAAGCCUUUCUUUCUUUGUAAGAUGUUUUGUUAAAGAUGGGACAAAAUGUUUGCUUUUUUAAUAAAUGUAGGAUGUUGGAAAAAACAAAA